AUGUCAGGAUCCUACGCACAAGCCAGGCUAAACCGUGUCACCUCCCCCAAGCCGCGUAAGACCCUGAGGGGACCAGACCGCCCAAUCGCCAUCCGCAGCGAAUACAUCACUGCCGAGCGAGCAGCUCUUAUCCUCAAGCCGCAGGGCGACGCGCAGUCCGCCGCCGCGUACAGAAUCGAGGAUGAAGAAGGACAGGUACAGUUCACGGCGAGCGGGCGCAAGUUCAGCGGACGCUCCUGCCGCGAGUUCCGGGAUGCAUCGGGGCUGCCGUUGUUUGAGCUGCAUCGCAAGAUCUCGCUGCGGAAUGCGUGGUGCAUCACGCUACCGGGAAGUAAGAUCACGAAUAUGGCUACGGGGAGUCCACGACUUUCGUUUGGCGCUGCCGCGUUUGGGAACUUUAAUAUCUCCUUUCGGAAUGCUGCUGCUGUCGAGUCGAAGCGUGAGGAGGAUAAAGAGGUGACGCUCGAGAUCGAGCGGCAUGGUCAUGUCUUAGAGUCAUUUGAUGUCGUCGACGGCGAUAGGAAGGUGGCCGAGGUGCGUGAGAGCAUCCAGCAUAACAAGAAGCUUGCGUUGAUGGCGAGCUCGCGACGCAAUUACCGGCCGGUAUUGGAUGUGAUUGUCACACCGGGUGUAGAUGUAUCGCUGAUUGCUGCCAUUGCGGUUAUUGCCUCUGACUCUGUCUUUGGUUCAGAUGAUUAG